GUCACAGGACGAGUGCAACUGACUGGGGAGGAUGUGUCCCGAAGCUCUGCAAACUGGCAUGUAAGCUAGGUGGCCUGGGCCGGCGGUCGGACCCAGUAGCACGCCAAGGAUGAGCGGCCGCGUCUUUGCUGCCUCCCGGCCGUUACCCUUUUAAAUGUCAGCGUUCGAGACUGUAGGGGUAGCACGAGGCAGCAGAACGGAACAGUCGGAUUGGCCGCACGCCUCAGUUCUAGACGCACCUCUCCACCGAAAGGCCGUUCUGACUGGCAGGGGGAGAAAGUAAACAGAGUUGAAUCACCCUCCCCGCUGGCCAAUUGGAGGGGGUUUGGAUUGUGACGUGAUGGGAUUCUGCGAAAUUGUUACUGAGCGAGAGAAUGCCGGAACGGUGCGGACCGGCAGGAGCUGGGGCUCAGAAGCCGUCAGUGGACUGGGGGAAAAGUGUGUCUUAGACCUUUCGCUCCGCCUGCUCCUUGCCACCUGCGUCGGGGUGGUCGGGUGAAUGUCUAGGGGCUUUGGCUCGACGGUGAGGCGGCCGAGGGCGUGUGCUUCUCUUGCAAUUUCCUCUCCCAGCGCCUCGGGGGCGUUUUCAGUCGAAUAAACUUGCGACCGCCACGUGUGGCAUCUUUCCAAGGGAGCCGGCUUAGAGGGGCCGGCGCGCCUGUCGUGGGGAUCGCGCCCAGAGCAGGGCAGGGACAGCGUCGAGAGGCAGCGGCGCGGCGGAGCCCCGGGCCGUGGAUGCUGCGUGCGGAGGCGCUGCCGGUUACGUAAAGAUGAGGGGCUGAGGUCGCCUCGGCGCUCUAGCGAGUCGGAAGCGCCCCGCGCCCCCGCCCCCUUGGCCGCCGCGCCGCGCCGCGCCGCGCUAGUCGUCCGAGGCCAGGGCAGCCAGAGCCGAACCUCCGCAGCCACCACCAACUUUGACCGCGCCUCCGAGGCUGUUGUCGCCCGCACCAUGUCCGCGGCCGCCUACAUGGACUUUGUGGCUGCCCAGUGUCUGGUUUCCAUUUCGAACCGCGCUGCGGUGCCGGAGCAUGGGGGCGCUCCGGAAACCGAGCGGCUGCGACUACCUGAGCGCGAGGUGACCAAGGAGCACGGUGACCCGGGGGACACCUGGAAGGAUUACUGCACGCUGGUCACCAUUGCCAAGAGCUUGUUGGACCUGAACAAGUACCGACCCAUCCAGACCCCAUCGGUGUGCAGCGACAGUCUGGAGAGUCCUGAUGAGGAUAUGGGAUCCGACAGCGACGUGACCACCGAAUCUGGGUCGAGUCCUUCCCACAGCCCGGAGGAGAGACAGGAUCCUGGCAGCGCGCCCAGCCCGCUCUCCCUCCUCCACCCUGGAGUGGCUGCGAAAGGGAAACACGCCUCCGAAAAGAGGCACAAGUGCCCCUACAGUGGCUGUGGGAAAGUCUAUGGAAAAUCCUCCCAUCUCAAAGCCCAUUACAGAGUGCAUACAGGUGAGCGGCCCUUUCCCUGCACGUGGCCAGACUGCCUUAAAAAGUUCUCCCGCUCAGAUGAGCUGACCCGCCACUACCGGACCCACACUGGGGAAAAGCAGUUCCGCUGUCCACUGUGUGAGAAGCGCUUCAUGAGGAGCGACCACCUCACAAAGCACGCCCGGCGUCACACCGAGUUCCACCCCAGCAUGAUCAAGCGAUCGAAAAAGGCGCUGGCCAACCCCUUGUGAGGUGCUACCCACGGCAGCCAGGGAGGGAUGGACCCCGAAGGACAAGACGACUCCCAGGACACAGACGGACACACGGAAACCAAGCCCCAGAAGUGGCUUGGGGACAGCAGGAGGUCACUGCUCUUUGGUCAAUAUUCUGAUUUUCCUCUCCCUAUAUUGUUUUUAAAAAAGCACAUGGUAGCCUCAGAUCGAAGUGAACACUUGUCCCCUUGCAGAGGCAACUCUGGGAACGUCUCUGACUGCUGGAGGGAGGCAGAUGCUUUUGUUUUUUUUUUUCUCCUU